AUGGCGCCCCGGAACCCGCCAGAUGCUCGCCCGCCAGAUGCUCGUCCGCCACCACUGGCUCCGCGUCAAUUAUCCCGGUUGUCGCACGCGUCCAAGCAUUCGUUCCGAUCUCACUCCUCUUCCUUUGAGGCCGACGACGAACGAUCAGACACGGCAUCGGCCUCGGCCGGAAUUUCUGGCAGGAUGAGUCCCAGACGGAGCAGAAGCAGAAGCAGCAGCCGCCACAGAAGCAGUAGUAGCAGCAACAGCCGCCCGAUCAACGGAAAUGGAGCUUCUCCGCCGUUGGCCCGCUAUCCUGGUGAAGACACGCGCCCCACCAGCUCCAAAGAGCUUGCUGGCUGGUACGCAUAUGCAUUCGCUGCCGAAGUCUAUGUUAUCUGUGGUAUCGGGUCUUUCAUCCCAAUACUCCUCGAGAGUCUUGCUAGGGAGAAUGGUGUCCUUCUCUCCGACCACGUAUCGCCCUGCGGCUCGAGCACGGACAAGGAUGCAGACGACGAUGGGCAGUGUGUCAUCUACGUACUCGGCUUGGAGAUCAAUACGGCAAGCUUUGCUAUGUACACGUUUAGCAUAAGCGUCCUGCUACAAGCGCUUCUUGUCGUUAGCAUAAGCUGUGCGGCCGACCACGGAAACUACCGAAAGAAGCUACUGCUUGCCUUCGCCUGGAUCGGAAGCUUCUCUGUUAUGUUGUAUAUCUUCGUGUCCGAGCGAAUAUACCUCCUCGGUGCGCUGCUGGCCAUCAUCUCGAACACGUCGUUUGGCGCUUCUUUUGUGCUCCUCAACUCAUUCUUACCGCUCCUCGUACGGAAUCACUCGUCGGUGCGGAACUCGGCCAAUGCCCCGACCCCUGACCUCGCCGCGGCAGGCAACGAGUCUCAACUCCUGGAGGACUCGACCCUUCUCGACGCAGAUACAGAAAGCGGCAUGGCAGACUCGACAGCAGCAUUGCUUCCAAGCGCUAUCACGCGCCGAAGGCGGCACCGCAUCUCCCGGGUCCGCAGCCACGAAGACCUGACGUCCAUCGAGCUGAAUCUGUCGACGCAGAUAUCCGCCAAGGGAAUCGGCAUUGGAUACAUUGCUGGUCUGUUUGUGCAAUGUGUUGCCGUCUUUAUCCUCAUCCAGAUGAAGAACUCAACCUGGUCUCAGCGGGUAGUUCUCUUCACUAUCGGCGCCUGGUGGGCUAUUUUCACCGUACCAGCAGCCAUGUGGCUCCGGCCCCGGCCUGGCCCGCCGUUACCUUCGUCGUCAAGCCACACUGGGUUUCGUGCUUGGAUAUCAUAUACUAUCUUCGCAUGGAAGUCGCUUUUCCGCACCAUACAGCUGGCACGGCGGCUUGUAGACAUUGUGCUCUUCCUUGGUGGCUGGUUUCUGCUGUCAGACGCCAUUGCAACGACUUCGUCAACUGCCAUACUCUUUGCCAAGACCCAGCUCCAUAUGGAAACUUGGGCACUGGGCCUGAUCAACGUGAUAGCUACGAUGAUGGGCAUUGUCGGCGCCUUCUCUUGGUCUUUUAUCUCGCGGAAAUUCAAGCUCAAGGCCCACCAAACCAUUCUUGCCUGCAUUGCCCUCUUCGAAAUUAUACCAUUAUACGGCCUGAUGGGCUACCUCCCGUUUGUUCGAAACUGGGGUGUAAUGGGACUUCAGCAGCCUUGGGAGAUGUAUCCGUUGGCCGGCGUCUAUGGGUUUGUCCUCGGCGGACUUAGUGGGUACUGCCGGUCCCUCUACGGCGAACUGAUCCCACCGGGAUCGGAAGCGGCCUUCUACGCUCUCUAUGCUAUCACGGACAAGGGCUCAAGCGUCUUCGGACCGGCCAUUGUCGGCGCCAUCAUCGACGCGUCGGGCGAAAUCCGGCCCGCCUUUUGGUUUCUGGCAGCGCUCGUGGGGCUCCCAGCAUCGUUCAUCUGGUUCAUCGACGUGGAUCGCGGCAAGAGAGAGGGCGAGAAACUGGCCGAGAUCAUCGAAGGCUUCAAGCUCAGCCAAGGCGGCGCAUCGCCUAUUGUUGAGGCGGCGCGACGAGACAGCGAGAGCGACAGCCCGGGUAUCCUUGCGGCCGCCGCCGCCUAUGACGACGACGAGGAAGACGAUGAUGGUGAUGAUCGUCGUAGGCGGUAG